CAGUGUGCUUCAGCUUCAGUAAGUAGUACUCACCCCUCCCCACACCCUCCCAAGAAAGAAGAGAGCAGAUCCUCUCCGUUCCCGGCGACUCGGCGGCGACACCGCUGGAGAAGAAGACGUCCACGACAGCAUCGGCAUCGGCAUCUCCGUCUCCUUCCCCACCCUACCCCUCCCCACACAGUUUGUCAUCAGCAGCGCAUCAUGGAGAGGCCCAGCAAACUGCCUGCCGUCUCUCUCCUCGGAACCCCUACGUUUUCGGGACCCCAAGGUUGGGCUGACCUCCCAGAUGGCUUGCUUCACUCCAUCGUUGAUCGGCUGGGCUCCUUCCGAGACCUUCUUGGCUUCGCCGCGACAUGCCCCUCGUGGCAGGCUGCCUACUUGGCAUACCCAUCCAAAUCUAUAUUCUGCACAAAAUUCCCACCUCUCCUCAUCCAGCCCCGUGUCCGUGCACAAGGUCCUCUUCUUCCUUGUACUGGCGGUUGCCAUGAGCUAGUCACAUGUAAGGUUAUUGAUCCAGCAAACCCAAACACGGCCCUUCGCUGCCGGAUCCCUCAAAAAACGCUCGAGAUGAAGUUGAUAGGUUGUUCCUAUGGUAAUGUCAUCUACUACUGCGACGGAUGCUGUCGCAUCGUCGAUGUGUUCACUGGUGUGGAGGUCUCAACUCCACGUCUCCCAUCCAGUGUUGUGCAUUUCAAAUUCUUCCUGAAGGGCAUUCUAACAGCCCCCCUUGCAUCACCCAACUCACAUCUCCUUGUCAGUACCAGCUCAUCCCUGUUAGAUUUGCCUGUUGGAAGUGACUCUUGGUUUGAAGUCCAGCUUCCUCAUAUGUUCGAAAUAGGCGAGAUUGUGGAAUUCAAUUGCCAGUUCAUUCUGUCGGAUGGCCAUGCGAGCUUCUACACUGUGCAGCUGGUCCCUCGGCUUGGUCUGCAUGCGAUUUUUUUUUCUUUUUUCGAAAAGGAGGAAUACCCCCGGCCUCUGCAUCUGGAUGAUGCAUACGACCACUUUAUUGAUUAUAACACAAGACCUUACAAAGUCGUACAACAGUAAGACGAAAGCCACCAUCUUCGCAACCUCUGUCGCUACUCCUAUCUAUCUGAUGAAGGGGCGCUGAUGGUCUGGGCCUAAUACCAAACAGACCUCGCAGCCAAACCUAACAUC